AUGGAUAUAGGAGAAUCAAUAGUUAUCGCUAACAGUGCUUUUAAUUCAAGAGAAUGGGAAUUAAUUGAUAUAUCAAACAAGACGAGACGACUAAUCACUUUGGAUGCGAGUAAAAAUUAUGUCAUGAAGUUUGCGGUGAGUAAAGUGAAGAGUUUGACAGUUGGAUGUACAAAGAAGAGUGAAACAAGUAUAAGCGUUGUUAUAAUGGAGGCUGAAAGACUCAAAGCAGUGAGCAAGAUUGACUUUGCUUUCGAGCAUGGAUAUAAAGGUGCAAAAAGUGUUACGGAAGAGUGUUUGGUUUUCUUGUUUCAUAACGAAUAA